AUGGUGGCCAUGGAUACAGGACAGAGCCAGGCGAUUGGCGAUGCUGUCCAGGACGCUCUCAGCAAGCCAUCGACGACGACUACCAAAGUCAAGCUCCUGGACAACGGCCUCCUCGAUCUGAGUGAGACGCCGGCACAUCUCGUCGAGACGAUGAUAUAUGCAGAGACUGCCGUUCUAGGCUUCGUGCUCAACACAUUCUCAUUCUUCGACGGCAAGACUUCACCAUGGCUUGUCAUAGAUGGAGUGCUGGGUUGGGCACCGAAACAGCUACCUGCACAUGCCGAUGUCAUAAGCAGCAUCACACUUCCCCUAUUAGAAUGGAUCAAGGUUUAUCCGGCUUGGGAUCGCAAGAUACUAUCGUUCCCCGCCUUGGUAAGGGCGAGGGUGAGGGAUUGCUUUCCAAAUCUUGCCCAUCUAGUUCUCCGCAGCUUGCAAGCCUUCGAUGAAGGGGUUGAGGACAUACGUCGUUAUUACGGCCGGUUCGCUCCACAGGAGGACCGAGUUAUGCUUGCGUUGUUGGGGGACGACGAAGUCUUGCAGGCCAUUCGGCAAAACGUAAUCGAUCAGGAGGGCGAUAUCAACGUCGAGUUCGAAUUCUCGCAUGGUAGUGAUGCGGAUGUGAAGCUUGAAGGUGGGGGCAUGGUACUGAGGAGCAUUUGA